ACACAAUAUUUAGUAGGUAGCUGAUUGUUAUGAGAAUAAUAUUAACCUGCUUCGGAGUAGAGACUUAAAAGCUCAGGUCUCCAUGGCUGGGGCGAUGCUAGAUCGAAAGCAAAUGAGGUAAAAAUAGGAAAUUGUCGAGCAUGAUGAAUACGGUUAAAUGGUCAAGAAACAAUCGUGUCCAUUCUUGUAAAAACAAUGGGGCUUGUGUAACUAAGCAUAAAUUCAAAAGACUACCUGUAGCAAGCACGUCAUCAAAAGCAGUUUUGCGUAAAGCGGUUCAGUGAUCAGUCCCUGUCACAGAGUUCUCCAACAAGUUGGUGGAAGAGGACGUGUUGGCGAGCACCCACUGUCCACCGUUCAGACAGUUUAAUGGAUUGUGCCGAGAGAAAGUUCACAACUAAUUAGAACAACCGGAAUUUGAACGGACUGAGAAUAAGAAAAAUGUCCAAUUCAUUGUGUAAAUCUUCAGUGUUUAAGACAUAUCAAGAUGUAAUUGUCGACGUGAUUCAAAACGUGCGAGAUAACUGCUUAGAAGACGGGCUCGACGAGGCUGUUCUUCAAGAGCUCAAAUCCCUAUGGGAGACGAAGUUGGCAGCAAGUAAAGCAGUAGAGGAAGUCAGAGAAGUCGACAAACUCAUUGUGCACAAUAAAGCUCAGAAACUUCAGCAACAGCAACAGAAUUAUCUGAAUCAGAUAGUACAACAACAGAAUCAAGCUAAGCAGUUGGUUGGGCAAGUACCGCCUAACAAUCACAUACCCCAAGGUAUCGCCUUUCCCGAAUGGAGAAGAGUACCGGUUCAGUUAACUAUCCCAUCCUCUCCUGGUUGUGCUACCGGAGAACAAAGGGUUCUGGGAAUUGAGGUGCCAGAAGUAUUCUUGCAAGGUCAUCACCUAAAGUCUAUUUUAACUGGCCCCAUUAUCAGCGCUACUUUGAAUUUACCCCUAGAAGCGGCAACUACUUUCUUGCAAGAUCAAGUAAACAAUGCAUUUUUGAAACACCAACAGUCUACAAAUUUUGUUAAUAUCAAUAUGAACGUAACGCCUUCAAUUGUUCAAACCGAUGGUUGUACCGAAGAACCUAUCAUCAAUUAUAUAGAUAAAGAACAAAUAGGGGGUUACAAGCGUCGUACGAAUGAACUGUUCAGAUCAAAGAAACACAGAUGGAAUUGUAGAAUAUUUGGACAGCUGCCGCUGAUCGCAGAAUUAGUUCCAAAGCCAGAAAUCGAAAUAUCCCCUAAUAUAGGAAGACAUAAAACGUGCAACAAGACCACUCCAACAACAUUUCUGUAUAAAUCAAAUAUUAGCACAAAUAUGUUACACAAGAUAUAUCAGGGAGACGGCAUGCACAGUUCAUCAGAUGACGACGAUCUCGAUGAUGAAGAUGAUGAGAUCAACCAUGAAGAUGACGAUGAUCUUCACGAAGAUAUCGAGGAAGAAACUCAGGAAGUUGCUGAAGAUGAACCACUGAACUCGGAAGACGAUGUGUCUGAUGCCGACGGCACUGAGGAGUCAUUUGAAACAGAUAAUGUCAUAGUUUGUCAAUUUGAUAAGAUAACACGGGCCAGAAACCGAUGGAAAUUCCAUUUGAAAGACGGCAUAAUGAACUUAAAUGGCGAAGACUAUGUGUUUCAAAAGGCAAAUGGUGACGCGGAAUGGUAAUCGACUACCAGUAGACUGGGAAUAUGUAUUUACUGAUGCAAUUGCUGUCUGAUCCCGUUUGUUAUUCCCUUCGCUCCACUAUUGCCACCUUAAAAGGUUAUCUGUACAAGAAUUUUCAAUUAUUGCUGAAGUAAACUUUUCUGUUACAUUUAUUGAAAGCAAAUUUUACAAUGUAGGCUCGGACUAAAUUGGUUAUGUUAUAUAUAUAUUUUAUAAAUUGUUACUAUGCUAUACUUUUAUGACAUUAUAUUAUUAAAGCAA